CUUUUUAUCCGAGCGGCUCCGCCCCUCUGCCACAGCUGCCAUUUUGGUUUUGUUCCGUUCGCAGAGACAAAACCAGAAACGCGAGACAGUCAGGGUGCAGACCGGACGACAGUGACUCGGCAGGAUAGUGAAGGGGAUUCAGUCACAGCAUCUCGCCCAGCGCUGUUCGUGCUGUCGUCGUAUCCUCCCUCUCAUCUAAAUCAGUCUGCAAUCCGCGAGUUAGUUUCACACGAGGAGCGGUUUGCUGACACUGAGCGUGGACUGAGAAGGAUUAUUGUUUUUCUCUUUAGAUGUCCAGCUCGCCGCUGUCCAAGAAACGUCGCGUGUCAGGAUCAGAGACGAAGACGGGAUCCCACUGCUCCUCCUCUAACUCUGUCAGAACCGAACAGUCACACACACCAGCUAACGGCAUGGCUAAGAAUGGAAAUGAUGCUGAGAUUGAUGAGGGCCUGUAUUCCAGACAACUGUAUGUGCUGGGCCAUGCGGCUAUGAAGCGCAUGCAAAACUCCAAUGUCCUGAUCUCAGGGAUGCGAGGUUUGGGUGUAGAAAUCGCAAAGAAUGUAAUUCUGGCUGGAGUCAAGAGUGUAACUGUGCACGACCAAGGCGUGGCCGAGUGGAAGGACCUUUCUUCACAGUUUUACUUGCGUGAGGAGGAUCUCGGGAAGAACCGUGCAGAGGUCAGCCAGACUCGACUGGCAGAACUGAACAGCUAUGUGCCCGUAACUGCCUACACUGGCACCCUCACCAAUGAAUACCUGACCCAGUUUCAGGUUGUGGUGCUCACCAGCUGCAGUCUGGAAGAACAGACGCGCUUUGGGGAGUUUUGCCACAGUGACAACAUAAAGUUGAUAGUGGCUGACACACGCGGGCUGUUUGGGCAACUGUUCUGCGAUUUUGGAGAUGAUAUGGUUGUGUUGGACACCAAUGGAGAGCAGCCUCUGAGCGCCAUGAUCUCAAUGAUCACAAAGGACAGUGCUGGUGUGGUCACGUGUCUGGAUGAAGCACGCCAUGGGUUCGAGAGUGGGGACUAUGUCACGUUCACAGAAGUGCAGGGCAUGACAGACCUCAAUAACUGUGAUCCAGUAGAGAUCAAGACACUGGGUCCUUACACCUUCAGCAUCUGUGACACUAGCUCCUUUACAGACUACGUGAGAGGUGGUAUUGUCAAACAGGUCAAGAUGCCCAAGAAGGUCCAAUUUAAAUCCCUUUCCUCUUCAAUGGCUGAUCCAGAGUUCUUGCUGACCGAUUUUGCCAAGUUUGAUCGGCCAGGACAUCUGCACAUAGGCUUUCAGGCAUUGCAUGCUUUUGAGAAGAAACACAGCCGUCUUCCGAAGCCUUGGAAUCAGGCAGAUGCAGAUGAGCUUCUGUCUCUGGCCGAAGAGUUGAAUGCUGCACAGACUGGAUCUGCCAAGCAGGAGCAGUUGGAUCAGGCAGUCAUCAAAAAGCUGUCCUGUGUGGCUGCUGGAGACCUGGCACCUAUCAAUGCUUUCAUUGGUGGGCUUGCUGCCCAGGAGGUUAUGAAGGCUUGCACUGGGAAAUUUAUGCCCAUCAAACAGUGGCUGUAUUUUGAUGCAUUGGAGUGUUUACCUGAGAAUGACGUUGCUCUCACAGAGGAGGAGUGUGCACCUAGGAACUGCCGGUAUGAUUCUCAGAUUGCUGUCUUUGGAUCUAAGCUGCAGGACCUGUUAGCCAAACAGCGAUAUUUUCUGGUUGGCGCUGGUGCCAUUGGCUGUGAGCUUCUGAAGAACUUUGCUGUGAUGGGCCUGGCCGGUGGUGAAGGAGAGAUCAUAGUGACAGACAUGGACACCAUAGAGAAGUCAAAUCUCAAUCGUCAGUUUCUCUUCAGGCCGUGGGACGUUUCAAAGAUGAAGAGUGAUACAGCUGCCGCAGCUGUGAAACAGAUGAACCCGUCAGUCCGCGUGACGAGCCAUCAAAACCGUGUAGGACCUGACACGGAGAAGGUCUAUGAUGAUGACUUCUUCGAUAACCUGGAUGGGGUGGCAAAUGCUCUUGACAAUGUAGAUGCCCGUAUGUAUAUGGAUCGGAGGUGUGUGUACUACUGUAAGCCAUUGCUGGAGUCUGGUACUCUAGGCACUAAGGGAAAUGUACAGGUGGUCAUUCCUUUCGUCACCGAGUCAUACAGCUCCAGUCAGGAUCCUCCAGAGAAGUCCAUUCCUAUCUGCACUCUCAAGAACUUCCCCAAUGCGAUUGAACACACCCUGCAGUGGGCACGUGAUGAGUUUGAGGGACUUUUCAAACAGCCUGCCGAAAACGCCUUGCAGUAUCUGACAGACGCGAAAUUUAUGGAGCGCACACUGAAGCUUCCUGGAGCUCAGCCACUGGAAGUGGUGGAGGCCGUGUACAAAUGCCUGGUGACAGACUACCCGCGCAAGUGGGAGGACUGCGUAACCUGGGCCCGCAACCACUGGCAGUGUCAAUAUAACAACAAUAUCCGUCAGCUGCUGCACAACUUCCCUCCGAAUCAGCUUACCAGCUCCGGGGCACCAUUCUGGUCUGGUCCAAAAAGAUGUCCUCAUCCAUUAGAAUUCAGCACUAGCAAUGAUCUUCACAUUGACUACGUUUUGUCUGGGGCUAACUUGUAUGCCAAAUCAUACGGCCUGCCCGGCAGCAAAGACAGGGUGGCUCUGGCCAAGCUUCUGCAGGAUAUUAAAGUGCCUGAGUUCACCCCAAGGUCAGGAGUGAAGAUCCACGUGUCCGAUCAGGAGCUGCAUAGUGCCAAUGCAUCUGUUGAUGACUCUAGACUUGAAGAACUGAAGACGCAGUUGCCUACCCCAGAAGUGACCUCUCAGUUCAAACUCUGUCCUAUUGAAUUUGAGAAGGACGAUGACACAAACUUCCACAUGGACUUCAUUGUAGCGGCUUCCAAUCUGAGAGCAGAGAACUACGACAUUCCACCUGCAGAUAAACACAAGAGCAAACUUAUUGCUGGAAAAAUCAUUCCAGCCAUCGCCACGACGACAGCUGCCGUGGUGGGUCUUGUGUGUCUAGAGCUGCUGAAGAUCAUUCAGAACCACAAGAAGCUCGAGUCGUACAAGAACGGCUUCAUGAACCUUGCUCUGCCUUUCUUCGCCUUUUCUGAGCCCAUAGCUGCCCCCAAGCACAAGUACUAUGAUAUUGAUUGGACACUUUGGGAUCGGUUUGAAGUGAAGGGCAUUCAGCCCAACGGGGAGGAAAUGACACUGCGACAGUUCUUGGACUAUUUCAAGAAUGAACACAAACUGGAGAUCACGAUGCUGUCUCAGGGAGUUUCAAUGCUCUACUCGUUCUUCAUGCCUGCAGCCAAGCUGAAAGAAAGGCUGGAGCUGCCGAUGACUGAAAUAGUGACCAAGGUGUCCAAGAAGAAACUGGGCAAGCAUGUUAAAGCACUAGUUUUUGAGCUCUGCUGCAAUGACGACACAGAAGAGGACGUGGAGGUGCCCUAUGUCAGAUACACCAUCCGCUGAGAAGGUUCUAGGGGUAGGGAGGGACGGGUUGGAGGAGUGAGAGGGGGCCCAUUGGGGAUGUGGAGCCAAUUGGAGAGCAUCGGAGAAUUUGGAGAACCCAAAGAAAAAUCAACAGAGGGGUGGUACUAUUUUUUUAAUCAGUUACUGGAUAAUACAAGUAUUAUAUCUCAAACACCCCUCUUUCUUAUUGGUCGAGCUCUCUUGGGUAUGGUUCAAUCUUAGGCUGGAUAGCUUUAAGAAGGAAUAUGAAAUGUUCACGGGGAGCAUGUGAAGUUUUGGCUAUAACUUAUUUAAACCGGUCGUUCUAACACACAACUUCAGUGAAUGAAUUUAUCUGUAAACUGAUCGUCAAUCAUCUUAUAAACACACUGCUCUCUGUUCCUGCCCUCAUGAUAUAUUUUGUGGACACCAUCUUGCUUUGUAUUCUGAAAACACUGAAUUGAAUAAAAUAUUGAAUGAUGGGGAAAACAUACAAAAUAAACAGAUUGUUUUUUUACAGAUUCACUGCAUUGGUAUGUUGUCACCGUGCUCUUGGUGGAUUUUGUAAUAUUAAAAAGCUCUUGGCUGAGGUCUCAAAGCGAGUUGGUUUAUUGAACUCCUGCUCUUCCGGUGGGAAUAUCCCUUUGCCGCUCUGGCUUCUGUUUGGUUGGGGUUCAGGAACUUGCACAUAACUUUUUAUUUUAUUUUCCUUUUUUAUGUUUUGGCAGACUUUGGUGUACACCUUGUAGAACAUAAACUCUGUAUUCUUUCUACUUUGUUAAACUCCAAAACAAACAUUACAGUACGAAACGUGAUUUUACUCUGUAAUGGGAAACGUUGUUGCUUUUAUUGUCUUUUCUUUACUACAGUUGUUUUGAAAAUGUGUCUAUGACGUUAAUAAGUCUAAUAAAUAAAUUCUGCAGUUAAA